AUGGAUGUUAUCGGUUCGGAUGAUUGUCCUCCGAAGGGAACAACGCAGCUCACCAAUGGAAACGGAACGUCGGCGGAGGAAUUUACCGUGGCAGCGGUAGCGGGUAGCAGUGCCGGAAAGCGCAAAAAGGCUAAGAGGAAAAAUAAAGCUAAAAAUAGUCAGCCGGAGCCGGAGAUGGCGGGCGAAACGAAUAUGACGCGCUCCGCCACGUUGGACACGACGACGAUGGAGAUGAAACUGUCGCCGAAGGCUGUGCUAGCGAAGGAGGUGGAAUGGAACGGUGCGGUGACUGUAAAUAGUAAUUGUAAUAAAAAUAGCAGUAAACAUAGCAGUACUCAUAGUAACGGGCUACCGGAGGAACCAUCUGCAGCAGCAGCCGAGUCGUCCGUAGAUGCAAUCAGCAAAAAGCUGGAGCAGUGUGUUCAACUCGGUCGUAACGGCAUAACGCGCAACGGUUUGGCAAAUCAUGGCUCGAACGACAGUGCCGAACUGCCCGGUGAAGAAAUAGCUAGCACCGUAGCACAGUCCGGUAAGAAAAAGCAUCGUAGUAGGCAAACGAAAAAAGGACCCUCGCCAGCAGCGCACUUAACCACCUGUAUAGAGGAGAAAAAUGGAGAAAAAGGAGGCAAAUCUCAUCCAACAACAACUGCCUUGAUCGAAGCUGAAGAUACUAGUGAAAAGAGCGAACCAACCGAUGGAAGGAACGUCCCAGAACCAACGGGGCCGGAUAGUGUAUCAACGGCGGUAGAAAGCAAACCGACCCUCACACCGAUGGAAAUCACUUACCAGGUGUACGAAUCGGAACGUCAGAUGCCAGCGAUUAUGGCACUGAUACAGAAGGAUCUGUCGGAACCGUACUCGAUCUACACCUAUCGUUACUUCAUACACAACUGGCCAAAGCUGUGCUUUCUUGCGCUGCACAAGGAUACGUGUGUCGGUGCGAUCGUUUGCAAACUAGACAUACAUCGGCAGGAGACGCGCCGCGGAUACAUUGCGAUGCUGGCUGUGGACAAGGAUUACCGUAAGCUAAAAAUCGGUACCACACUCGUGCAGAAAGCAAUACAGGCUAUGCUGGAAGAUAACGCGGACGAGGUCGUUCUUGAGACGGAAAUUACGAACCAGCCGGCACUGCGGUUGUACGAAAAUUUAGGCUUCGUGCGGGACAAACGGCUCUUUCACUAUUAUCUAAACGGUGUCGAUGCAUUGCGGCUUAAGCUUUGGUUUAGAUGAAUG